AUGGGCUUCCUGCAGGCUGGAGAGUUGGUGGAGGACAUAAAGCCGGUGGAAGAAAAGGUACGCCAACUCGGUAUCGCACAGUUCCUCAAUACGUUGACGCAAAAUGUUGGUAGGAGGGACCCUAAUCGGCUGUUUGGAGACGAGCUCGAGUACAUGCUCAUAAAUGUGGACUCCCAGAAGAGAGACGUCCAGCUGCUUCCGAGAGCUCCUCACAUUCUCGAGUGCAUCAAGGACCCAAAGUACGCCCCAAAGACCUGCAAACUAAUGCCAGAAUACGCGUCUUACAUGGUUGAGGGAAUCCCCUACUCUCCGUACACUUUGGACUCUGAUUACCUGCCGAGGAUUCACGAGUCACUCAAGAGUAGAAGGAAGGAGAUAAAGACCUUGUUGACGCAUUUAGGGUGUAACGAGGGGAGGGUGUCGACCCUAUCAUCAUUUCCACUGCUUGGGUGCCCAAAUGCGGUUUAUAAAGGGGUGUGCGGUUCCCCUGAUAUCCUUCGGAGGGGAAGAGCAAUUUCCCAGAGCAGGUACACGGAGGAUGACAUUAUUAGUCCACAUGUCAGGUUUUCCUCAAUCACCAAUAACAUCAGGAACAGAAGGGGUGGGAUUGAGAUUCUAAUCAAGGCGUAUGAACACGGGUCUGAUUCUACAGCUUCAGAGUCCCAAGAUCCAACGAGUACUAAUCACUCUGCAAACGUGCAUGUAGAGAAUCUUGACGAGUAUAUAAGGGACCAAGUUGUUGCAAGCGACCCCAUGCUUUCUGCAGAGACUCUGUUGCAGACAAAGGGUACCAAGGGGACAGCCUCCGGCGACCACAAAAACAUUCAUAUGGACGCAAUUGUGUUUGGGAUGGGCAUGUGUUGUUUACAACUCACAUUUUCGUGUCUGGACAUUAAUGAAGCUCGCUAUCUACACGACCAAAUGGCGGUUUUGGCGCCUCUAUUCAUUGCUCUAACAGCAUCCACAGUGGUAUUUCGAGGAGCUCUGGCGGCGACAGACACGAGAUGGGAGGUUCUAUGUCAAGCAAUGGACGAUGUCAAGGCCUCUGAAAAAUCAAUGGUCCAAAAAUCGAGGUUUUCCAGUGCCUCGCUCUACAUUGGAAAUGAUGAAUUUCUCAAGAAGAAUUACAGUGUAUUAAACGACAAUAAGGUAGCGUGUCUCUCGAGCAUUUACGAUAAACUUGUGGAAAAUGGAGUGGACUCCAUUCUUGCGAGGCAUUUUGCCCACAUUUUCCUUUACCAACCUCUAGUCGUCUAUAAGGAAGAUUUUGAUGCCGUUGACUGCUCGGCCACUGAUGCACACUUUGAAGUUUUCCAGAGCACAAACUGGAACAGCGUGCGGUUUAAACCGCCUCCAGUUGUCAAGCAUGAAAAGGAGGGGACCACGUAUCCCAUUCCAUGGCGUGUGGAGCUUAGGCCUUGUGAGAUCCAGAUUAGGGACUCUGAGAAUGCAGUCUUCCUAACAGCGAUUCCCUACAUUAUAAAAACCUUGUUGAGGGAAAAAUGGAACCUCUACGUCCCUCUCUCUCUCGUAGAUGCCAACAUCAAGAGAUCAUCAUCCAUCAACGCGUGUAUCGUUCAAAAGUUUUACAUGCGCACAAACAUUUUUGAAAAUCGCAUAAACAUUAAGGAAAUGACAACGUUCGACAUCUUCUUUGGGGAGCUGGGUCUGAUUAACCGCUGCAUGCAACACCUCGAGGCUGACUACAAGUCGGGACUAUUCAGCCAGGAAUCCUAUGAAGGGAUGAAGAAAAGCUUUGAAUUUAUAAAGGACAGAUGCACAGGAAAAGUACCAACUAAUGCUGUCGAAAUUCGCAAUUUUAUACUAAACCAUCCAAAGUACAAUCAUGAUGGUCUUGUCAACAGGGAAAUCGUCUUUGACCUCGUCACACAACUAGCCGAUUAG